ACAACUGUUAGUAAAAAUGGAAUUUACCAGUUCGAACAGGCUUCGAAAUGUAAGGCAAUUCAGGACAACAUUUUGUCAUCAUCUGUGAAGAAGAAAAGAUACACAGAAGACUAUUAUCUUCACAUCGUCACAAAACUACAGAACUGCACCUGGAUAAGGAGACCAGAAGAAUCUAUGAAAUUCAGGUCAGAAUUAGCUUCCUGCUGUGAUGCAGUUCACAAUUUUAUUGCUUCUCAAAACAACAGCCCACUGGGAAGUAACAUGAGUUAUGAAGUGGACAGUAAAAAGACCAUCCUCAUUACAGAGGACAUUUUUAAGAUGCUGCCUGUGUCCUCUCCCCUUUCAGCCUAUCCCUUCAAGACCUGUGCCGUGGUUGGAAAUGGAGGCAUUCUGAAAAAUUCCAGCUGUGGAGCUGAGAUCGAUCAUUCUGACUUUGUGUUUAGGUGUAACCUCCCUCCAACCGUGGGAAGCAUUAGCAAAGAUGUUGGCAAUAAAACAAACCUUGUGACUGUUAAUCCAAGUAUCAUAGCUCAGAAGUACAACAAACUAAAUGAAAAGAAGGCUGAAUUUCUGGAGAACAUUGCGGUCUAUGGAGAUGCUUUGCUUUUAUUGCCAGCGUUUUCCUUCAGAAGCAACACAGCCACUUCUUUUAAAGUGUAUCACACUCUGCAAGAGUUCAAAGCAACCCAAAGGGCAAUAUUUUUUCACCCCACUUAUCUGAAAAGUCUUGCCCAGUUCUGGAGAACUAAGGGUGUGAAAGCCUACCGGUUGUCAUCUGGUUUUAUGAUCACUAGUGCUGCUCUUGAGCUGUGUGAGAAUGUGAAGCUCUAUGGCUUCUGGCCUUUCUCAAAAUCCAUGGAGAAGAUGCCAAUCAGCCACCAUUAUUAUGACAACCAGCUGCCUAAACCAGGUUUCCAUGCAAUGCCCAAAGAAUACAACCAGAUUCUUCAGCUUCAUGGCAAAGGCAUUUUGAAGUUGCAGUUUGGUAAAUGUGAAUCAGACUAAAAAGGGUGAUGAUCCUAAGGAGACAAUUUGUGUGUAUCUCAGCAGUUCAGUGUUGGAUUUGAGCUGAUGUGAUUUUUGUGAUUUAAGCUGCGUUAUUACAAUAGAGAAACAUUUUACACUUGAGAAAAGGAAGUGUUUUUUUCACGCAGCAACUGCUACAUUUCUGAAUUCUGAGUAAUCUUUUUUUUUUUAAAUACAAACUAACAUUUAUUUGGGAAAUUCUGAAAAUCCUGCCUAUUGGUUUAAUUGCAGCAAAGCACAACCUCAGGAUGGUGGCAAUAUGUGAC